UUAAGGAUGUCGAAGUUUUGUAGUUCCUCGGUUGUUGACCUGUCAGCGUUGUAGUACAAGCUGUCACUGCUGAUAAUUUGUCUGUCCUUCUGGUAGUAACAGUUUUCGGCCAGCAACACAGCGAGCUCAAGAGCGGCGGACUCAUAGGAUUGUUUGAACUUACCGUUCUUGCUGGUGUCAGCUAAACCGCGAGCUAACUGCUAAAGUUAGCUAACAACCCAACCCGCUUUACAGCUAGCUUGCUAGCUAGCAUUCGACGGCAGCUAGCAGCGUUAGCUAGCUUUGUAGCAGUUAGCUAGCUAGCCUGCUGGAAGUACGAGGGCUAGGAAGCCGCCCACUCCUGCAAAGCAGCAUUCCGGACAAAAGAGCGCACAAUGGAGGCCCAAAGCUCCAGCGAGCUGCUGCUGUCCAGAAAGAGAAAAAGAGAGAGUUCCAAUCGGGAGAUCGAGGAAGGAGAGAGGCUUGGGAAAAUCCCCAGAUGUACUGUGGGGUUGAAGCACCCUGCACCUUUCGCAGAUGAGCUGGUGCCUGAUAAUAAGCCCUAUGAGAGAGUCAACAUGGAGGAGGCGAAGAGGGGAACCCCACCAGACAGACCGGUGCGGGUGUAUGCAGAUGGCAUCUUUGAUGUUUUCCACUCAGGUCACGCCAGAGCGCUCAUGCAGGCUAAAUGCCUCUUCCCAAAUACACACCUCAUCGUAGGAGUGUGCAGUGAUGACCUGACCCACAAAUACAAGGGCUUCACGGUGAUGAAUGAGGACGAACGAUAUGAUGCCAUCAGACAUUGCCGCUAUGUGGAUGAAGUGGUGCGAAACGCUCCCUGGACGUUAACGCCAGAGUUCCUUGCAAAACAUCGCAUUGACUUUGUGGCCCACGAUGACAUCCCAUACUCCUCAGCAGGCAGUGAUGACAUUUACAAGCACAUCAAAGAAGCCGGUAUGUUUGCUCCUACCCAGCGGACAGAGGGCAUCUCUACCUCUGACAUCAUCACACGCAUAGUCCGUGACUAUGACGUGUACGUCAGACGCAACCUGCAGCGAGGAUACACAGCGAAGGAACUCAACGUCAGCUUCAUUAAUGAGAAGAAGUACCACCUGCAGGAGCGCGUGGACAAGGUGAAGAGGAAGGUACGUGACGUGGAGGAGAAGAGCAAAGAGUUCGUCCAGAAGGUGGAGGAAAAGAGCAUCGACCUCAUCCAGAAAUGGGAGGAGAAGUCCAGGGAGUUCAUAGGCAACUUCCUGCAGAUGUUUGGCCCUGAGGGAGCUCUGAAGCACAUGCUGAAAGAAGGGAAGGGCCGCAUGCUGCAGGCCAUCAGCCCGAGGCACAGCCCCGACAGCAGCCCCACCCGCGAGGAGCGCUCUCCCUCUCCCACCUUCCGUCUCCCCUUCUUCACCAAGACCUCCCCGCCUCCCUCGCCUCCGCCCCACCACAGCGGAGCCCGCGGAUACCUCAUCAGCGAGGACGACGAGGACGACGAGGAC